UCGACACACUGAAUUCAUUGCACUCAGAACAGUUGAGGCAUACGGAUCGUAAUUGUAGAAUCUUCAGUCGAAUCGAUAAUCAUGGCCGAAUUGCUAUUCCCUCAACUGGAACGUCCUCUGCCCACAUUGCCAUCAUUGCAUUAUACACUGUUCGCGUAUCGUGAGGAGCUGCGACGACGAGAUGCUCCAUUCAUGAAGAUGUCCACCAUUAAGCUGCAUUUGACGGAUAAUUUGAUAUUGCAAACCAUCAAGAAUAUCAGACAAUACGACACCAUUGAGAUUAUGAAUCUAAAUCGUGAGAUUGUCUUCAAGCGACGUCUGACCAAACAAAUGCGUAAAGUGCGCAAACUCGAGAAGCUCGGCCUCAACAUUGACCCGCGUAAACUCAACGAGGUCAAGUGGCAACAUGUGAACAGCCAAUAAAAUACUGUGUGAAAAUCUAAAAAAAAAACAAAAAAAAAAAAGAAAUAUUCAUAUCAUUCCUAAUGAAAAACACAUACUCCAAGCAUGUCUUUACAUAUAAGCAAAAAAAAAAAGCAAAAAA